CACAAACCUUCUUUUUCUCUUUGCAAGGAAACAAAGACCACAAUGGACGCUGAGGAAUCAUUUCAAGCAGAGGGUUCUGGUGCACCGGAAAGUCCCGAUCCAGUAGCCAAAAGGGAGGAAGGAGAAGAGGCUCUGCUAACGGAUGAAAAUGAAGAGGGUAUUCCGUUGGAAGACGUAGAUCGAGUUGGACGCCGUGUCGAACUGGCACUCUGUGUGCUCUAUGUUGUGGUGGUGAUGGUAAUCUUCCAAGGUCCAUUGAAUAUAGAGCCUACCGAACGUCCUAUACCAGUGCAAUAUCUGGAAUCUACUGGUGAUUAUAUUCGAAACCUGAGUCUUGAUGCAGAACACAAUGGAGAGACCAUUUCGGAUUUUGUCCUGAUUCUCUGUGGAGUGCUGCUUCCACUCAUCUUCCAGCUGAUUUUGGGAUAUGUUGUCCAUCGGCAUUCGGAUGCUCUGAAAGGAAUCCAAGAUCGCCAUUGCACACUGUGUGCCUACUUUACCUCUUUUGCCAGCAAUCUCAUGGUCACCGAGUUGCUCAAGGCAUAUUGUGGGUCUCUGAGACCUCUUUAUUACUACCUUUGCCAGCCCGACGAGAAGUACGAAGUAUGCUUGCAAGAAAGUGGAAGUUUGGCCCGAGAUGCUCGCAAGUCAUUUCCAUCGGGUCAUGCCAGCAUUUCGUUUAGUGGCCUUGUAUUGCUGACUCUGUACCUGAACCAAAAAUACGGGACUGACAGUCUGCGCAACAACAAUCCUCCACCACAAGUGGAGUAUUACCGAGCCGUUCGCAAAGCCCGUUGUAUGUCACUGGUCGCGUUGUUACCCAUGGCAUUGGCUCUGUUCUUUUCCUCCUCUCGGCUCCACGACAAUGAACAUUUUGCGGGUGAUGUGGUGGGGGGAGCAGUCAUUGGUUUUGCCAUUGGCUACUACUUCCAUACCAACAUUUGGUUCUGUCGGGGAUAUCAGUGAGUGGUUAUUUCAAUCAGCAAAAGAUGAGCGAAUCAUGCUUACAGGUGAACGAAUGAUGUGCCGCCAUCGUUGUACAUGAAAAUAUGGGACAGCCAAUACUGGAAUUGAUCCUGCCGAAACAAGGUUUUGACGGCGGCACUACCCCUUGGAAGCAGCAGGGGAUACAAAAUGCUUCAUAUUGGAAAAAGCAACAAUCUGGGCAGAUAGCAUUGCGGAUCUUGAGCUGUUCUUUGAGCUGUACAAACGCAAAACGCAUGGACUCAUCCGUAAGGUCUUCCCGUAGCUAUUAAUUAUUACCGUAGCAGCAACUAUGAUUG